GCCUGCCGCCUGAGUCAUGUGCCCGUUCAAGAUGGCGGCGCUCGGGGUGGCGGCGCUGCUGCUGCUGGGGCUGCGGCUGGGCCCUGCGGCUGCCGCCGUGCCCCUGGUGAUCUGGCACGGCAUGGGAGACAGCUGCUGCAACCCGCAGAGCAUGGGCUACAUCAAGAAGCUGGUGGAGAGCAGAAUACCGGGCGUGUACGUGCUGUCGCUGAAGAUCGGCGGCAGCCUGCUGCAGGACAUGGAGAACAGCUUCUUCCUGAACGCCAACGAGCAGGUGCGGGAGGUGUGCGCCCAGCUGGCAGGGGACCCUCACCUGAAGGCAGGCUACAAUGCAAUGGGCUUCUCCCAGGGGGGCCAGUUCCUGCGGGCAGUGGCCCAGAGGUGCCCUUCUCCUCCCAUGCUCAACUUGAUCUCUGUUGGGGGGCAGCACCAAGGUGUCUAUGGCUUCCCUCGCUGCCCCGGGGAGAGCUCUCACCUCUGCGACUGGAUCCGCAGGACACUGGACCUGGGAGCCUACACCCAGGCUGUGCAGGAGCACUUGGUACAGGCAGAGUAUUGGCAUGACCCACUGAGAGAGGAGGAGUACAGGAAAAACAGCAUCUUCCUGGCUGACAUAAACCAGGAGAGGGGCAUCAAUGAGACCUACAAGAAAAACCUGAUGGCCCUGAAGAAGUUUGUGAUGGUGAAGUUCCUCAAUGACACCAUGGUUGACCCUCCCAUCUCAGAGUGGUUUGGGUUUUACAGACCAGGCCAAGCCAAGGAGACCAUCCCACUGCAGGAGACCUCACUGUACACAGAGGACCGGCUGGGGCUGCAGCAGAUGGACAGAGCUGGCAAGCUGGUGUUCCUGGGGGUGAAAGGGGACCACCUGCACUUCACAGAGGAGUGGUUUGACACCACCCUGCUCCCCUUCCUCCAGUGAUGCUGGGGGAGGCAUCCUGGGAGCACUGGCAAGGGCCUGGCACUGGAGUUGCAGCUGCUCCUGCAACAGCACUUUCUGGGGAGAAGCCUGCGGGGAGCUGGGGAAGGGGGAGAAGAGGGAGGGGUAGCUCAGCACUGCCAGGCUGGGCACAGCUGGCACCUGGAACACUGCAGUAGAAACGGGACUGGGUGGGAUGUAAUCAUGCUCCAGUAGGGGUGGGCUGAGCCUUGCACUAGCUCUGAAGCACUCCCACCCUGCACAGGCCUGCCAAGGCUGCCUCAGCUCUGAGCUGUGCCUGUGGCUGCUCUGUGAUGGCAGAAUGAUGGAGAAGAGGGUGGUGUGCCUGGCACCUGCUCCUGGCAGCACACAAUGGCAGUAUUAACCUCAACCACUAGUGCAAGGCAGUAUUAACCUCACUCACUCUCCAAGGGGUGCAUCCAGGUACUCCAAGCCUCUCCUCCAGGAGGGGCAGAAGGGCCCAAGGGAGGGGUUUCUGGGGUAAAAAAGGAGGGCUUUGAGCUGGGUCUUAACUAAUGACUUCUUUCAUGCACAACUCAACUCAAUAAAGAACUUUCCAGCUAAA